CUCUCUCACACGCAUGCUCAAAGAGCCCGUCUUCUAAACCACGAGUGCCUUCUUUCCUUCUCUCGAGAGUGAGUGUUUGGAUCCAACCGUGCAUAGAGAUUUGCUGAAGUGUGUUUGCUCAGAACAGCGCUUCUGUUUUGAAGGCGGAGGCUGUUUUUCACGGCGAUGCUGCUAGAGGAGUAUGGGUACGACUGCCAGCGCUGCUCCCCAGCCCACGCUGCAUGAGAGUUUCCACGGCAACGGGAUGAUGGACAGCAGCGCCUCCUUCCAGACGCUCAACAUCCACAGCAACAAGGCCAAGUCCAUCAUCACUAAUAAAGUGGCUCCUGUGGUCAUCACGUAUAACUGCAGACAGGAGUUUCAGAUCCACGAUGACGUCCUCCGUACGAACUAUAAAGUUGGGAGGAUCUCAGACAACAUGCCUGAGCACCAUCUGGUCCAGGGCUCCUACUUCAUGGUGCAGGACGUGUUCAGCAAAGCAGAUGUCCUCAGCACCAGCGGCUCGUACGGAGCGCCCAACUUCCGCCAGAGCAAAGGCAGCUUCCCGCUCUACGGCAUGGGCCAGCCCAGCCUGAGUGGCUUCAAACAGGUCCUCCAGAGACUGCAGGGUCAAGGCCAUCAGGAGGUGCUUUUCUUCUGUUUGCGUGAGGAGCCCAUAGUGUUCCUGCGUUUGGAGGGAGACUUUCUUCCCUACACUCCCCGGAGGAAGGAGAACCUUCAUGAGAACCUGCAUGAUCUCGGACGCGACGCUCGCUCGGAGAAUCUAGAGCUCACCAUCAGAAAAGAGCUUCACGACUUCGCCAAACUCAACGACAACGUGUUCUACAUCUACAACGACAUCGAGCAUUUUAAAGGAGAGCCCCAGAAGAUCUCCAUCAGCUGUGAAGAAGACAUGCACGUCACAGAGGAGGUGUAUAAGAGGCCGCGCUUCACCAUGCCCUCGUACAGGUAUUACCGUCUGCCUCUGCCGACGGAGGGCGCGCCGCUGGAGGACGAGUUUGAUGCAUUCGUGAACGUUCUCCGGGGAAGCAGCACUAAAGAUUACUUCCUCCAUCGAACUCUACAGAGUCUGGAGCGAUAUUUCUACCUGAUCGUCUUUAACGCUUACCUGCAUGAACAGUAUCCGCUGGCGUUCGCCUGUAGUUUCAGCCAAUGGCUGUGCUCUCACGCCUGGAUGUACCGCCUCCUCUCCUGCAUGAACCAAUCAGAGCUCAGAGCACCAGCUGACCUGCUCACGAAAGGAGCUCGAGUUCUGGUCGCAGAUGAAUAUUUAGCGCCUGACGUUCUGAGCACCAUUAAGCAGAUGAAAGUGGCUAAUUUCAGACGAGUGCCCAAAAUGUCGAUCUAUGGGAUGGCCCAGCCGACAUCUGAGGCGACGGGAGCCGUUCUGGAGUAUCUGACGGAUGAGAAGAGGAAGCACAGCAGUGUAUUGUGGGUAAAUUUGCAGGAUGAGCUGGUUGUGGAGGCAAACGGCCAGAUCUUCUGUCCCAGAGAGCCCACGCGUGUGGAUCAGCACAUAUGUGUGCUCUCCUCACAGACGCACCAGAUCGAGAAGCUGGAAACAGCUCUGAAAGAGGAACUUGUGGGAAGUCAGAAAUGGCUUGAAGUGACUCUGGAGCAGGAGAAGCAGAUGAAGAUGUUCAAGAGCUGCGUGACGGUGCAGGAGACCUUUAACCAGCACAAGAGUUCACACCAGGGACUGCAGUACAGACGGAUACCCUUCCCAGAAUGCUCUUCUCCGACUGAAGAGGGUUUCGACAGGCUGCUGGAGGCGAUGAAAUCUUGUCUUGCUGAAGACUCGCUCUCUGCGUUCGUCUUUAACUGCUCUAAUGGUAAAGGACGGACGACCACAGCAAUGGUGAUCGCUGCGCUCACGCUCUGGCACUUCAACGGUUUUCCAGAGUCUUGUGAGGAUGAAAUCGUAAGCGUUCCUGAUGCCAAAUACACAAAGGGCGAGUUUGAGGUGGUGAUGAAGUUGGUCCGCUUGCUUCCUGACGGUCACCGGAUGAAGCGGGAGGUUGAUCUGGCGUUAGACUCCGUCAGCGAGACCAUGACACCGCUGCACUAUCACCUGCGGGAAAUCAUCAUCUGCUCCUACAGACAGAUCAAGAGCUCUAAAUGUGAGACGGAGAUCCAGGCUCUGACGCUGAAGAGUUUGCUGUAUCUGGAGCGCUACAUGUACCUGAUCCUCUUCAACACGUACCUGCACCUGGAGAAGAGAGACUCCUGGCAGCGCUCCUUCAGCGACUGGAUGCUGCAGGUGAGAUCAGACGUGCGUUUACUGCAGCAUCGGCUGGAAUUCUUUAUAAAAGCCUACGUUGCAAAAAAGUCUACAGAGCAUUUCCGCCAUCAUUUGUGCUGA